UGUCACACUUGUGUGUGUCACAAAACAAAACUACACAUAAAAUCCAAUAAUAAAAAUUUGUCACUAUUUUUUCUGUUUGUUUGUUUUUUUGUUGUUGUUUUGUUUAAUUGUUUAUUUGUUUUUAUUUUUUAAAACCAGUACAUUUUAAAUUUGAAAAUCUAUGGAUAGCAACAAUAACACUUCGGCGUCUAGGUGGCAGCAUGUGGCUGUAAGUCUGCGAUGACAGCUGCUCUAAAAAAUAGUAGAAGAAGAGUCUUGCCACGUGACCUGUAAAUCAACGUGCUCGCUGGGAGUCUGGAAACAGUACACAUCUGUACUGUGGAUUCGGAGUGAUGAUGCUGGGGUUUGAAGAGCUGCUGAGAAGUCUACAGGACUGUGUGAUCUCCGAGAAUGAAGCAGCUGAGAACGUCAGCCCGACUCUGAGGCUGUUUCUUCAGAAACUGUCUGAAUCCUCCAGGAGCGGCGUGAAGAGAUGUAAGGAGCGCUGCUUGGAGGAAGCUGUCCAGCUGCUGAGACAACUUUCUGAAUCACAGCUGUCUGCUUUAGAAAACGACCAUCUCACACUUCUCGUCAGGCUACUCAUAUCCACGCAGCUGCAGAUGGUCGGCAUCUCCACAGCUUGUCGCAAAGUGGACCAGAUGUUGCAACAUUUAGCAAAGGUGGACCACCAGCUGGUUUUUAGAGAGACCCGUGAGUGUUUCCACUCCGUAGUCCACAGUGACCAGAUUUUGUGUUUUGAGGAUUUGCAGCGAGCUUGUAUGUUCCUGGAAGACAGCACUGUUGGCCGUGAGGUGUGGAGAGAGUCGUACAUGUCCAUGCUGAACAAAGUGUCUGAGUUACUCCCCGUCGCACUGCAGCAAGAAUCCCUGAGAGAUGGACCGCUGUGCUACAUUACAGUCAAGGUGUGUUUGCAGAUAUUCCAGUUGUUGUCCAGUGAAGUUGCUCCUCUGGUGUGGGAUGAGGAACAGAGAGCCCCAGCAGUGCAAAAGAUCCUGCAGACCCUUAUGGCCAUAAUACUUGGACAGUGCUGCAACAGAGACACUCGUCUUCUUGCCGGCACCGCCGUGGCCAUGCUGAUCAACACAGCAUCAGAGAACGGAGCUGGAGGAGCUGCAGCCUGGAGUCUGCUACAGGUCUCUCACUUGGAGCCCUGGCUGCUGGCUGUCGGUGUUCUCCGGGUGCAGUGCGACCCUGCAGAGAAGGAUGGAGUGGGCAGGCUGGCUGUGUGCAGAGGUCUCCUGACCUGCUGUCGACCUCACAUUUUGCUCAGUUCACAUGAGGACGCCCCAGAAAAUCGCCUGCUGCUGCACGGUUUGUUUCCUCUGGUGUUUACUUUGUGCGAGGAGAAGCUGGAUUGUCACUACUUUGCCUUCGAAGUGUUAAACUUAUGGCUGAAGAAGGUGAAAGAAUGUCUGGCUGAUCUGUGGAAGGUGACACAUGUUCGCCUUCUUCCUGACAACCGCACUCUGCUGCAGCAGCUCAUUCACCUCAUCUGGACCAAUGCAGAAAGCCCGGUGGACGGGGUGUCAGAAACUGCUCGCAGUGCAUUUUUUCUGCUGCUGGAUCUCUAUGAGAUGGACUGUAAACAGUUCUGUGAUACAAAGAGGGCUCUUUAUCUUACUCUGCUCGAGCGAAUAAUGAAGCUACCUUGGGAAGCCAAAGCUAAAUAUCAUCGCCUGUGCGCCUUGUUGCCGUAUCUGGGUACUGACAAGCUGCUGGAUCAGUGUCCUGAAAUAUCCAGUUAUCUCCUGAAGUGCUUGUCUACUAAUCACCUGGCACCGUGUGGGUCAGAGCUUUAUAAAAGUCUGAUCCAGCAGCAGAGGCGAGAGCUGUGUGAUGGUUCUUCUUCACACGCGGAGCUGGAUCUGGCGAGUCACUGGGCACGGCGUUGGCAAUCUGUCCUUCAUGAGGCGCUGGCAUCUGAAGUGCCUCUUCUACAGAACAAUAGUUCAACGCAGUUAUUACCCUGCACCUUCCAGGUGUUCCCCUCUGCUGUGGACCACAUGCUGGCCUCCCUGGACCCAUACACCCCAGGUCACCUCCACGCCUGGGCCUGCAUCUUGAGCUCUUAUCGAGCUGUAACUGGAGACUCCCCCUGGGCCCUUCAGGGUAGUUCCACCUUAGAGACCCUCCAGCUAGCUCUAGGAUCUGCAGAUGACAAAGUACGACUUGCUGCUCUCAAUCUGCUCUGCUGCUGCCCAAAGACCAAAGACACACCAACUCCAGAGGAGAUGGCGAUCAUGAGGACGUUCAUACCUCAGAAUCUAAACUGCGACUCCUCGCCUUUUCGCCAACAUUUUCAGGCUGGAGUGAAGAAGUUUCUGAUUCGGAUCAGAGAUGGCUGUUUGGCAUAUGUCAGAGGACAGAAGGGCAAAAAGAAAGGAGAAUCCUCUCACUCGGAAAGGACACAGGAUCUCUUGGAUCAGGGAAUAGGAUUUGUGGAAUGGCUGAGUCAGCUUCCAUACACCUAUCUGGCACCAGGACACAGUUAUCAGAGAAAGAAGACGGCAUUGCUGUUGCUCUCAGCAGUGCUGGAGACCUGCACAGACACCUGGAGCCCAGACAGGAAGAAGGGACAACCUCCGGCAAAUAUGAGUUCUCUCAUUAGCUGUGCCAGACAGAGAGGACAGUGGGAUUUCUUCUGCAGAACGAAACAGCUAGUACUUCUCAGCUGUUUAGAAGAUUCUACAAAUGAGAUUCGGGAGCUCUCUGCUGGGUUAUUGUUGAGAUUUUUUCCACCCAGUUUUCUAGAUGAUCUCACUGAAGUGCUGCAUACGAGAACUAAACAGCUUCUACGCAGUCCUCGGGUGCAGGAGGCCCAAAUGGGAGCACUGAUGAUGAAGAUCCUCCUUCAGAAAUCAAUACACCAGUGUGAGGACUGCAGGCUGAACAGUAGGGAAAGUAACUCAAAGGCCUUCUGCAUGGUUAAAGUCCUGGUGAAGGAGCUCGAGGAGCACUAUCUAACAGCCAAGGCAGACAUGAUGCUUGCUGCCAGAGAAAAGCCUAUACAUGGUGUUCUAAGUGCUCUUCAGAGGUGUUUACUUGAGACACCCAACAGUGUAUAUGACACACUUGACCCCAGUCUGAACAUGGAGGUGCUGGGCCUGCUGGAGAACAUCUCUCUGCUGCUGCUCGGUGUUCUUUACGGAGAUCCGGAGGCUUGUGCCAGCGAGAAGGAUGCACCGCCUUCCUUUUGUGAUAUGGGAAAUGCCAUCAGCUCUCUGAUAGCCCAAACAUCUGCAGGUGGCCAGGCAGAGGGAGAGGAGUGUGUCCUGCUCUCUGAAGAGCACAGCCUUGUUCUCACCUGCUGCUGGGUCUCCCUCAAGGAAAUAGGAAUAUUUUUAGGUUCUUUGGUGGAGAAAAUUCUCACACAAUCCAAACAACCCAGCAAGUGCCUUCUAACAAAACAGGAUCUAAUCAAAGCUGCAGAAAUAUUCAAGAAUAUUCUUCUCAAAUGCCGUCACUGGGGGGCAGUAGAGGGAUGCUGUAUAGGUUUCACAAAGUUCUGCGCUUCUCUAUUGAGCAGCAGUGAUCCAGAGCUCAGGGAUAUCCCAGCCCAAAUGCUCAAAAAAGGACUGCAGGUUGUUCAGUGCCUUCGUUCUACAUCUGUGACCCGGCGGGCUGCAGGGUUGCCUAUGCUGAUCCUGUGCAUUUUGUCUGCAGAGGAAACAAGUAAAGCAAGACCACUGUUAGCCCACAGUAUGCAAACCUUGCUGGAAACAGCCAGAACUCCUCUAAAUGAUGACUGGGACCAAACGUUGGACCUGCCACAGGUGUGUGCAGUGCACACCCUGCAGGCUCUGGUGCGGAGCACGGCUUUGGGAGUAGCUAUCCUUCAGUUUGCGCCAGAUGUAGCUAUCUUGUCACUCACUCUGCUCAGCUCUCCUUGCUGGGCCAUGAGGAACGCUGCUCUGCAACUUUACAGUUCUCUCUGCACACGAAUGCUCGGCCAGCGGUCGACCUCUGAAGAGGCUGGCCCCACGCAGCAUGCUAUGUCUCCUGCUGCCUUCUUCUUCCACUAUCCUGCACUCCAGCCCUUCCUCCUGGGCGAGCUGAGAGGGUCAGCACAAGACCUCGAGGGUCCACCCAAUGAGGCCAAGUUACAUCUCAAACCCUCGCUCUACCCUAUUCUCACUCUGCUAGCCCAACUCCAGCCCGGUGUUCAAGACUCAGCAGAAACUUUGUCAGACUUCCUGCCUCCUUUACUCCAGCUGUCUGCCAGUCCGAUUUACAGUGUGAGAAUGAUGGCCUCAAAGGCUCUGGUUGCCAUGACUCCCCCCUCCGAGUACAUGAACAUCCUCAUCAACCUGACAUCUCAACUUCCCAGUCCACAGCAGCAGUGCUCUCACAACCGGCUCCAUGGACAGCUGCUGCAGAUCAAAGCUGUUCUAGAAAGAGCUCUCUGGGGCAACAGCAGCGCCCCUUCAGAUGACCUGUUUGAGGUGCUGAGCAGGAUAAUAGCAUCGCUGUGGAUGGUGACUGAAGCUCAACGCUGCCCCCUGGUGAGAGCAGUCUAUCUCGAUGUGGUAGAUGCUCUUAGAAGAUUCUGCUGUGAGACCUACCUUUCAGAUCUCAGCAGCACACUCCUGCGUGACCUCCAAACACCUCAGCAGAGUCUUCAGGUUGGGGUGUCAUCCUUCCAUGAAAAAGCCAUUCACUUUCUAUGUGCAGAUCAACAGUGGGCAUGCAAAAUCUGGGAGAACUUCUCUUCAGCGAGCCCUGAUCUUAGGCUCACAUUGGUUGCAUGGGUCCUGGAUGGGCAGAGUUUGCUGCAGACUGGCUUGAAAGAAGUGAUCCAGAGGGUGCUGCAGGCAAAUUUAAAGGAGGCGUUGUUGAGCCGCAGUGUGGAGUACUGCAGGAGCUACCUCGCAGCCCUGGUAGCAGUGAUGGCCAGAGGUGAUACUGCUUCAUCCCAGCGUGUUGUGCUCUUGGCCCCACUGGAAGAGCCAGUUCUGCUUGAGUGUCUGGAUUUGCUGCUUGGGAACCUGGAGGACCAGAGAGGCGGGCCAGAGUUUCUAUCCCAGGCUUUCUCUGCUGCUAGCCUGCUGCUUUCCCAUUGGCCACAAUCCAGUCUAAAGAUAUCCAUGAUCCAGCGCUGGUGUGGUAUUUUGGAAUGCCUUUGGGCCCCAGAUGUCCCUGAAGUGCUCAGGAUAGCAUGCGCUGAAGCUCUGUGUGUGGCUGGAGCGCCACUGAUGAGCCACACAAUGAAAGAACACAGCACUCUGGUUCCCAUUAUGAUCAGGUUGAUCAACACAGGCCUUUACUUGCUGCAGGACCAAAGCCAGGAGGUGAGGAUUAAAGCGGCUUGUUUCGCCUCCGUGCUCCACCAUGCAAGAAGAGGCCAAAGCCAGGGGAAUGUCUACCUUAUGCAGGUCAAUCAAGCAUUGCCAUUCCUCUUGGAUGUGCUGCUAGAGGAGUGCUGGGAUGCUCCUGGCACACUGGAGGUGCUGAUGUGUCACCUCCCUCAGUCUGACCUCAGAUCUGUGCUGAGACAGGCCUCGGUGGAGGGGUGUUCCAGUCUGUAUGAGCAGGAUGAGGCCAAUGUGUUUGCAGAGCCCUCUGUGAUGUCCGUGCAUGUACUCCCUUACCUGCUACAGAUGGCUGAAAAGUACUCUCAAUCCUCUUCUCUGGCACGGAGCCUGAAUUCAUGGGCACAGGACAAUGCUGCACAGGUGGUAGACGGCCUUGCAGUCUGCAAAGAAGUCCAGCCAGCUAAAUCAUUGACCCCCAUUUGGCUGGCUCUCCUUGUAGACCCCCGUUUCCACAGCACCCUGUGUGGCCUGUUGACCAGGGCUGCCUUCCUCCUCCGACUACUGAAAACAUCUAAUUAUAUACAACACCUUUGUGAUCCUUUAUCCGUGAACACGCAUUUACAGGACGUUUGUAGUCUACUCACUCAGAACGGUGUCCACUUUCCUUCUGCUCUGACAGCUGCUGUGGCUGGAGAGCUGCCACUAUGA